CCUAGUCCCAGCGAAUCAAGCCAAACCAAACGAAACCAACGAAGAAGAAAGGAAAAAAAGCAAAAAAAAAAAGAAGCUCCAGAGCUGAAUUGAUUCUAGGUAGAAGAAGAUUGAAAUGGAAGAGGCUAAAGAGCUGGCGUCGAGUUCACUGAGUCAAGGUCUGAAUCACCAUGGUUCAGACCCUGAUGACAUCCCCAAGUCCCCUCCUGGGUCCCCCAAUUCCUCUACUCGCAAGGCUUGCUAUGCUGUUCUUCAAAGUUGGGCCUCUAAGAAGUUCAUGACUGGAUGUGUUGUUUUGUUUCCAGUGGCAGUUACAUUUUUAGUGACAUGGUGGUUUAUUCAGUUUGUUGAUGGCUUCUUCAGUCCGAUUUACGCCCAUCUCGGCAUUGACAUUUUCGGUCUUGGGUUUGUCACGUCAAUCAUUUUUAUACUUUUCAUUGGGAUAUUUGCUUCUUCGUGGCUGGGUGCCACCGUUUUCUUGGUCGGGGAAUGGUUUAUUAAGAGAAUGCCAUUUGUGAAGCACUUAUACUCAGCAUCUAAACAAAUUAGUUCUGCUAUUUCUCCAGACCAAAAUACUACUGCUUUUAAAGAGGUCGCAAUUAUUCGACAUCCCCGUCAUGGCGAAUAUGCAUUUGGUUUCAUCACAUCAUCUUUAGUCCUUCAGAGAGAGAAUGGGGAUGAAGAGUUAUGCAGCGUUUAUGUCCCAACCAACCAUCUGUACAUUGGUGAUGUAUUUCUGGUCAAUUCAGAGGAGAUCAUAAGACCAAAUUUAUCUAUUCGAGAGGGCAUAGAGAUCAUUGUUUCUAUUGGUAUGACAAUGCCUCAAGUGUUAUCUCCUAUAGAAAGGAUUCCUCAUCCGAGCAACAGGCUUCCUCUUAAUAGAGUUUGAUAAAGUGAAACUGUUAUUGUCUGACAACAUGAUAAUCAAAAAGGAGGCAGCAAGGUUUUUUUUUUUUUUUUUUUUUUGUGGGGUGGGGGGAGGUGAUCUCAGUACUCUAUAUAUGUACAUUUCUUCUUUAGAAUGUGUUAUAGUGUAAAGCAACUGUCAAACACACUUCAGUUUAUACUCUUCAUGAAAGCAGUUUCAUUCGUAGGAAAUAAUGCCAGGGAACUUGUUUUCCGUACAAGGACUCUGCUUGUGUCA